AUGGAUUUAGCUAGAAAUCCAAAUGCAAUGCUGGUGAGGCCCCCAAUAGUUUGUGUUUUAUUGAACAAGAACCUGCAUUACAAUUUCAUGUUUUGGAAAAACCACCCUUUGGACUACGUCGUUCCUGCCUUCAUACUUCAACUCGUCUUGUCUGUCGUCAUCUCGCAUACCCUCUACUUUGUUCUAAGGCCAUUAAGACAGCCUAAGCUUGUCUUUAAUAUCUUGGCUGGAAUUAUCCUAGAACCUUCGAAUUUCCUCCCCGGAAUGAGAGGCGGCAACGCCUUUACUUUCCAAUUCAGCCUGGUUAUGGCGGUGAGUUAUUUCGUGGUCUUUACUCAUGCGCUGGAUGAACUCAACCUCUUGUGUUCGGAAUUGGGACAAAUGUCGUCGUCCAUCACGAUGCUCCAUCAGUGUGUUGCCAAACAAACUGCUUUGUGGAUCGAAUUGUUUUUCCGAGGAGCUGUUUCAAUUUUGUCUCUCCUUUUGUUAGUCUUCCAUACUGCAAAGUGCUUGAUUAGCUUUGUGUUCUGCUGCACUGUGGAGCAUAUGGGGGUCUUGUGGAUUAGAAUGAUUUCUUGGGGUAUUUCACUUUGCUUUGUUCGUGUGGGUGAAAAGGUUUUGAUGGGUUUAGCCGUUGCAAUCUGCGUGGCUUCACCUUUUGAAUUUCAACUAAGAAAUGUCCAUGUUGGUGUUGUUCGUGAUUGUGCCAAGAGAGGGAGGUGGGUUGCGGAGCAAUUAGCAAAGCAAGAAUUACUUCAGUCGGUUCUGUUUUACUUGGCGGGAAUAGAUGUUGCUGUUCGUGUUUCAAGUGUGCUUCUGAGGAGUUUUGUUGGCCAGCAGACCCCUUAUUUGUUUGGUUCGAUGACCUACGCAUCUGCAGCUAUUAUCAUGGAAUUGGUAAUACCAGACGGACCGCCUCUCGGUGACACGAUCGUACGCAAAUGCGAAUCGAUUCUCUUUGAGUUUUUCAUGCCGUUGUUCUUCGUUCGGAUCGGAUAUUUCACGGAUUUGACAACGUAG